AUGUCCAACCGCCGCCGGGGCGGCAAAGAGGGUGUCCCGCCCGUUCUCAUUGUGUCUGGUGAGGCAUUUGCUGCCCUGGCGAUUUCGCAGGGGCUGCCAGCCCCGCCUGAUCCGCUGCAAUACGGGGCGCAUGACGACGAAGCCCUGGUGAAGGAGGUCGGUCACGAGGUACAGAUUCUGACUGAGGAGUAUGGCAUGCUCCUGGAGUUGUACCGAGGUUUGCGGCAGGAUCUCAAGCGGACGCUGCGCUUAGUGCCCGACUACAACACAGACGAGCUACGAGGCGCAUUGCAAAAUGUCAUGGUGCUGGACACUGAAGAGCGUGUCUUGGUGCCAGCGCCUGUCCUUGAGACGGAGUUCAUCGGCCUAGGCGAAGGCCACACGUUGGGCUUCAGCCUCACUUUCCGUGGAUCGCACCGACAGCGCGCAGAGGCUACUGACAAGACCAAAGCCCAUCUGCCGUUCCUGCGGCCGCUGUUGGAGACGAUGCUGCAGCCGGAGUGCAAUUGCUUUUUCCUCACUUUCCUGUGGGCGCGGGCUGACGGCCAGCGCUACCACACAGACAACUACUUCGAGAACUUCUGCGGCUAUCCGAGGCCGAGCGAUGUGGUUUCCGUGGCAUACCUGGAGGCGGAUGAGGAGGCCAUGGUUGGGGGUGAGCUGGUCGUACUGAAGGCAUCGGCGGAAGAAGCUGGCCCCGUCCGCAUCGGAAACGAAGCAUCUGGACAGGUGUUGCAGAUGGUGCGGCCGAGCCCCGGUCUGGUGGUGGACUUUGACGGUCGACUCCUGCAUGGCAUCCGCCCGUUCACCGGCCCUGCGCGAGUAAGUGCUGUGCUGGAACAAUGCCGCCUUCCGCGCCAGAUUGCACGAAGAACGCCACGAUUGCGCGUCUUCUGCCAGAGGAGCAAUGAGGAGGUGACCCUGGCCUAG